UAAACGUUCUCUUACAUUUUAUUUAGUACAGGAACAAGUAUUUGAAGCGAAGUUGUAAAUAGUCUAGCUAUUUUGAAGCUCUUAGCAGUUAAAAUGGGACAAAGACAAAGCAAACUCGCUCCGAGAACCCUUGCGGAAUUAAGGAACCAGACAAACUUCUCAGUGGAGGAACUUCAGGAAUGGUACAAAGAGUUCAAAGCUAGCUGGCCAAAGGGCUUUUUGACAGAAGACGAGUUCAAGGGAGUGUAUUCUAACAUAUUUCCGCUAGGGGACGCAACAGAGUUUGCCAGACAUGUAUUCCGUGUGUUCGAUCAGAAUAAGGACGGCCUGUUGGAUUUCCGAGAGUUUAUGUGUGGAUUUAGUGUUGUAUUACUAGGGAGUUUGGAGGAAAAGCUGAAGUUCAGUUUCAAUAUAUACGAUAUUGACGGAAAUGGAUUUAUUUCACGGAACGAAAUGUCUGCGAUUCUCUCUGCUUUGAACAAAGGCAAUUUCUCCUGUGGACUUUCCCAAGAUGACCCAGAGGAGAAGACGGCUUCCAUAUUCAAUAAGAUGGACAGCGACUGUGACGAUAACCUGUCUGUGGAGGAGUUCAUAGAGGGCGCGAAGAAGGAUCCCUUCAUCGUCAAAUCACUGAACCUUGAUUGAGGCAGCAGGACCGGUGCCAUUAGUUAUCCGGGCAGUUAUAUCAAUGAAAAACUUGUAUUUUAAAUAGAAUGUAAUACCUUUGAUAAUUACGAUAUUUUAAUUUUUGACAAAGUAUACAUUAAUUUUUUUUAGAUUAUUUUAUUUCUGUUAUCAUUUGGUAUGUGUUAUCUAAAUUUACAUUGUA